AGGGACCUCCAUUUUUGAGAAAAUUUAAAUCGAAGUAAAGAAAUCGCAAAAAAAAAAAAAAAGAAAUCAGAAGAGGCAAAGCAGACAGGACAGAGAGGGGAGGAGCAGAAGGAGAAACCUAUAGAGAGAGCAGAGGACGAAAUUUAGAUGACGAUGGACAGAGAGAAGGAGAGAGAGAUAGAGCUAGAAAGCGCAAUGUACACCAAUUGCUUGCUUUUAGGUCUGGAUCCGAACAUUAUCGGACUCGGAGCGUCCAACGGCUCUCCUAGGGUCGGGCUAUUCCGCCACUCCAACCCUAAAUUGGGCGAGCAGCUCCUCUAUUUCAUCCUCUCCUCCCUUCGUGGCCCCGUUCAAUCAGCCAAAGAUUUCGAUAAGGUGUGGCCGAUUUUCGAUUCUGCACAGUCGCGUGAUUUUCGUAAGGUUGUCCAAGGGAUUAUCAGUGAGCUCGAAUCUCAAGGGGCACUUCCAAGGAGCAAUUCGAGGGUUUCAUCGCUUGCUACUUGCUGUGGACCAAGAUUUGUUGAGCUUUUAUGGCAACUUUCUUUGCAUGCUCUGCGGGAGGUUCAUAGACGGACAUUUCCUUCUGAUGUAGCUUCCAACCCACUGCCUGCUUCCCUAACUGAUGUAGCCUUUCAGCAUGCAGCUACACUGCUUCCUGUAACGAAGGCUAGAAUAGCACUUGAAAGAAGGAGGUUUCUUCAAAAUGCAGAAACAGCUGUGCAGAGGCAGGCAAUGUGGUCCAAUUUGGCUCAUGAAAUGACUGCAGAGUUUCGUGGUCUUUGUGCUGAAGAGGCUUAUUUGCAGCAAGAACUUGAAAAACUUCAUGAUUUGAGGAACAAAGUGAAGUUGGAAGGAGAAAUGUGGGAUGAUCUUGUAUCAAGUUCGAGUCAAAAUGCUCACUUAGUCUCAAAGGCUACUCGCUUGUGGGAGUCUAUAUUAGCACGUAAAAGUCAGCAUGAAGUUCUUGCUUCGGGCCCAAUUGAGGACCUAAUAGCUCAUCGGGAGCAUAGAUACCGCAUCUCUGGAUCAUCAUUGCUUUCGGCUAUGGAUCAGAGUUCUCAAGUUCCUCUUUCUGAUACACAUUUAAAUGACAAAGAACAAAGUGACGGGUCUAAUCUAAAUGUAAAUAGGGAAAAGCUGAAGAACAAUUUAGAUUCAUCCCAUCUACAAGUAAAUGACGACACACAUUCUUGGGUUGAUGAUAGAGGCGGUAGAGUCCAUCCCUCUGUUGAUGUAGCAGAAAUUAUUAGGCGUUGGACACAUGCAUUGCAGCGAAUUCACAAACAGUCGCUUCAUCUGGCCAAAGCUAAUGAUGGAGAAGGUCCAGAUUUGUUGCGAAGUGCACACGAUGGUGGUACAAGUGGUCAUGCUGAGUCUUUAGCUGCAACUCUUGCAGAACAUCAGCAACACCUGGCUAGUUUUCAGGUGCUUAUAAAUCAACUCAAGGAAGUUGCUCCAGCAAUACAAAAGUCAAUAGCUGAGUGUACAGAGAAGGUAAAUAAUAUAUCCUCCAGCCUUCCACCCAUGCCCAAGCAUCGUGGCCGAGCAACAUCACCUACACAGGCUCAGAGCAGUGGAAGGACCCUGGAAAGUAGCUCAGAUGAUGUUGCUGAGGUGACCUCAAAAAUGUCCGCUGUUCAUCUUGACAAGGUGUCUGCUAGUCCCCCUGCUUUAAAACUGCCACAGUUAUUCAGUUUGACCCCAAAUUCUUCAGGAAAAGGUGGAAACAUGCAAAAGAGACAAACUGUAGCUCCCCAAAUCAACCAGAUGGAAAAUAUGUCUGAAAGGAACUCUCUGGACCAGCCUUUGUCAAAUAGUCGAUUAGAUAAUACACCACAAGAUAGUGAUAAUUCUUAUGUUCAAAACUUAAAAAGAUCUGUAAGAGAAGCAGCGCUUUCUACCCGACAAUCCUUGAAUUCAGAAUCAUCUCGAGACAGUCACACUGAUGAAAUUUCUGAGCACUUCUUUUUACCUCUAUCAGCAACUAGAUUUUCUUCCCUGGACCUAGAAAACAAAGUAGCUUCAAGGAGGAGUGAAAGAUUGCUUACAUCUCAAAAGGACACUGCUUUGCUUGAGAAUCAUGCUCCUGGUGGUCAAGUUGGGAAUUACAAUGAUAUACCAGACAUUUUAAAUGAUUUGGAUUCUAUUACUGAUUACAACCAUGUAAAUGGCUUUCUUUCGGCUGCUGGCUCAAAUGGUGCAAUGUCUGGUGGGCACAGGCCUUUUUAUGAUAUUGAGGAAUCACAUGAUCAGGUCUUCUCACCUCCUUUGCUAAUGGACACAUCCCUAUUAACAGAUUCAUAUGAAGAUUUACUUGCUCCACUGUCAGAAACUGAAACUGCCUUAAUGGAACAUUGAAAGUGGUGUUUAGGCACUGUUGUUCUCAGUCUUGAGGAGGUGAUUGGUCAUUGUGAUAAUUUUUUUUUCAUUCAUUGGAAUUUCUCCAUGCCGCUAAUUUGGUGCAAGGGUGGUGCUUUUAUGCGUUCCUCCUUCCUCUUCUAUACCUUUCUGACCUCAUUUUUGGCACAGUCGAUUUCCUACUGUUUGAGGUAAAAUCUGGACCAAUUCAGUGCUGUCAUUCAUGCUGGACAACACCUAGAACUCAAGUUGGCCAUUUCAUUUGAGAACUUUUUUAAGGAUCUUGUAGGCUUCAAUCCAAGCAAAUCAGAUUAUUGUGCUAAUUCUUUUGGUAGGUUUGUUUAUGGGGAAAUUGUUCCUAUAUCUGGUGCUUGAAGAUUAAAAUAUGAGAAUCUUGUGCAUUCCAUUCUUAAUAUGAUGGAUUUGAGGCCUUUAGUCUGCACUCCAUUGUAUGGCUGCAGGUAACUGUCAAGAUUUAUUGUUGAUCAACUAAUCCUUGUGUAUUUGAUAGAUGUGUAUAACAAGGGAGUUGAUUGUGUAUUUAGGUAAUUGAUCAAAAACAACAGAUUAACAUUUGCUUUUUUUAUUA